CUCAACUCAUCAACAACAUCAGAUCUUCCAAGAACAAUAAUAUACCCUCCCAAAUCCACACAUACGAAAGGAUACCCAUCCCCCCCUCUCUCCUUUCUCCCCCUCUCACCCAAACGCCUGAUCAUGGCUGAGGAGUCCAACAUCGAGAGCAUCUCUCCGUUCGGGAAGGCUCGCUCUACCGUCAAGGGCGAGCCUCUCUCCAAGGAGGAGAUUGCACAGUACAAUGAUUUCUUCCAAGCCUCUCUUUAUUUGUCACUAGGCAUGAUCUACCUGCGUGACAAUCCCCUCCUGCGCGAGCCUCUCAAGCUGGAGCACAUCAAGGCUCGCCUCCUGGGUCACUUUGGCUCUGCCCCUGGCCAGAUCUUUACCUACAUGCACUUCAACAGGCUGAUCAAGAAGUAUGACCUGGACGCAUACUUUGUGUCUGGCCCGGGCCACGGCGCACCUGCCGUGCUGUCUCAGUCGUAUCUCGAAGGCGUGUACGAGGAGGUCUACCCCGACAAGUCCCAGGACGUCGAGGGCAUGCAGCGCUUCUUCAAGUGGUUCUCCUUCCCGGGCGGCAUCGGCUCGCACGCCACGCCCGAGACCCCAGGCAGUAUCCACGAGGGCGGCGAGCUGGGCUACUCCAUCUCCCACGCCUUCGGCAGCGUCUUUGACAACCCAAAUCUGAUCGCGCUCACCAUGGUGGGCGAUGGCGAGGCCGAGACGGGACCUCUCGCGACCUCGUGGCACAGCACCAAGUUCCUCAACCCCAUCACGGACGGCGCCGUCCUGCCCGUGCUGCACCUGAACGGCUACAAGAUCAACAACCCCACGGUCCUCUCGCGCAUCAGCCACAAGGAGCUCGAGAACCUCUUCAUCGGCUACGGCUACACCCCGUAUUUUGUCGAGGGCGACGACCUCGACACCAUGCACCAGGCCAUGGCCGCCACCCUGGAGCAGUGCGUGACCGAGAUCCGAAAGUACCAGUCCGAGGCCCGCGCCAGCGGCAAGGCCGUGCGGCCCAGGUGGCCCAUGAUUGUCCUGCGCACGCCCAAGGGCUGGACCGGCCCCCGCAAGAUCGACGACAAGUACCUCGCCGGCUUCUGGCGCGCCCACCAGGUCCCCAUCACCGACGUGCGCACCAACCCGGAGCACCUGAAGCUGCUCGAGGCGUGGAUGCGCAGCUACGAGCCCGACCGCCUGUUCGGCAAGGACGGCAGGAUCAGCGAUGAGCUGCGCAAGGCCAUCUGCCCAGAGGGCAACCGCCGCAUGUCUGCCAACCCCGUGGCCAACGGCGGCCAGCUCAAGAAGCCGCUCAAGCUGCCCGACUUCAGGGACUACGCCAUCAAGGUCGACUCGCCGGGCGUCACCUUCUCGCCGUCCAUGGUCAACAUGUCGACCUACCUGCGGGAUGUCGUCGCCAAGAACCUCAAGUCUUUCCGCCUGUUUGGGCCUGACGAGACCGAGUCCAACAAGCUGGCCAAGGUGUACGAGGCCGGCCAGAAGGUGUGGAUGGGCGAGUACUUCCCCGAGGAUGCUGAUGGUGGCCACUUGGCCCCAGAUGGGCGAGUCAUGGAGAUCCUGUCCGAGCACACCGUCGAGGGUUGGCUCGAGGGAUACAUCCUUAGCGGGCGCCACGGUCUGCUCAACUCUUACGAGCCCUUCAUCCAUGUCAUUGAUUCCAUGGUCAACCAGCACUGCAAAUGGAUCGAGAAAUGUCUCGAGGUCGAGUGGCGCGUCAAGGUUGCCUCCCUCAACAUCCUGCUCACCGCAGUCGUCUGGCGGCAGGACCACAACGGCUUCACUCAUCAGGAUCCAGGCUUCCUCGACGUAGUCGCCAACAAGUCCCCCGAGGUCGUGCGCAUCUACCUGCCGCCCGAUGGCAACUGCCUGCUCUCCUGCAUGGACCACUGCCUCAAGUCUGCCAACUACGUCAACGUCAUUGUCGCCGACAAGCAGGACCACCUGCAGUACCUGCCCAUGGAAGCCGCCAUCGAGCACUGCACCAAGGGCAUCGGCAUCUGGCCGCAGUUCUCCACCGACGCCGGCGAGGAGCCCGACCUGGUCAUGGCCAGCUGUGGUGACAUCAGCACGCACGAGUCGCUGGCCGCCAUCGACCUGCUGCUCCAGCACUUCCCGGACCUCAAGAUCCGCUGUGUCAACUGCAUGGACCUCUUCAAGCUCAUCUCGCACGAGGACCACCCGCACGGCCUGACCGACAGCGAGUGGACGUCUCUCUUCACAAACGACAAGCCCGUCAUCUUCAACUUCCACAGCUACCCUUGGCUUGUGCACCGCCUGACGUACAAGCGGCCUGGCGCGCACACCAACCUGCACGUCAGGGGCUACAAGGAGAAGGGCAACAUCGACACCCCGCUGGAGCUGGCCAUCCGGAACCAGACUGACCGGUUCAGUCUGGCCAUGGAUGCUAUUGACCGCAUUCCCAUCCUGCGCAACAAGGGUGCCGCCGCCAGGCAGGCCCUGCUGAACCAGCAGAUCAACGCAAGGACCCAGGCUUUUGAGGAUGGUAUCGACCCGGCCUUCUUGAGCAACUGGACAUGGCCCCAUAACGGGCUCUGGAAGUCCCAGGUGAGGCACCCAGGGCAGCAGCAGAGCUAGAGUUAGAGCUAUAAGGGAGACACAGAGUUAGAAAAGAAGAUGGUGUUGGGGAGAUGAAGACUGCUGGCGUUUUCUUAGUUGAGCACACGUGUCGUGUCUGGAGUCUUGGCUGGAUUCGUUCUUGUAUCUCAUCAUCCUUUUACUGAAGAUUUUGGCUUGAAGAGGUAAAUUCAAUGGACUGUGGAUUUUUGAGUUGUUUCAAUACGUGUCAGCUUGAACUUGAGUGACUAGAGUACGCUGGCCUGUCUGGUCAAUCAGCGGUGUAUUCCAUCAUGUAGUUUCAGAAUAUGCAGCAACAAAUUGAUUGUGUAUGGAUCAGAUAAAUAAA